AUGACAGAUAAUACAGCAGAGAAGCAAAAACAAACGGAUUCGGCGACCACCACACUUGUCUCUUCGAUCGUUUUCAAUGGUGCCAUUACGGCAUCGAUGUUAAUUAUUUUUGGAAUUGCGCGUAGGUGGGAUAAAAAAGUUUAUCAACCAAGAACUUAUUUAGUUCCUGAAAGGCGAAGAUCACCAGCACUUCCUUCCGGGUUUUUCGGUUGGCUAAGCGUUCUCAAAACAACCAAUGAAGAAAUCAUUCAACGCGCUGGAUUAGACGCUUACAUGUUUCUUCGAUUCUUUCGCGUGUUUGCUCGUUUAUUUGCUGUGUUCACGAUUAUUGGGUGUGCAAUAUUGAUUCCGUUAAACGCGUAUCAACAAGGUGACGAGCUUGGAAUUGAUAAAUUUACUAUUGGAAAUAUUCAAACGACUGAUCGAUUAUGGGCGCAUUUGAUCCUAACUUAUUUAUUUUCUGCGGCGACUAUUUAUACUUUAUACCAAGAAUAUAAGAAUUUUGCUAAAUUGCGACAAGAAUAUUUUACGCGACCGGAAAAUCGAGAAUCUGCAAAAGCUACUACUAUUUUAGUUAUGGGUAUACCUCGUGAAUUGUAUAAUAAAGAAUCAUUAAAAGCGAUAUUCGACUUAUUCCCUGGUGGAGUAAAAGAUGUUUUGCUAAACAGUGAUCCAAAAGAUCUUCCAAAACUGGUCGAAGAACGUGAAAAGCUAGUGACAAAUUUUGAAGUCACAGCAACCACAUUAAUGGUCAACUACUUAAACCACAUCAAAAAAUCCGGUGGAGAUAUUGAGAACGCCGGUCAAGUACCCAAAUCACUUCGUCCUCAACAUCGACCAUUGAAAGUGACAAUGGUCGGGCAAAAAGUAGAUUCUCUCGACACAUAUCGAGCUGAAAUUAAAAGUCUCAAUGAAAAAAUCACCAAGCAACAAAACGACACUACAAAACAUGCGCCGAUGCAUUCUGCAUUUAUCCGAUUUAAUACUCAAAUUGGCGCUCAGUUGGCCAGCACUGCUACGAUUCCACGGUUGUUGGAGAUCGCGCCGAAUGAUGUUAUUUGGGAGAAUUUGAAUUUUUCGACUACACAACGUAUGAUUCGCAAAGCUAUAAGUACACUUGUUUUUUGUGGUUUGGUGCUUGUAUGGGCUACUCCUGGGAUUAUCCAGGGUGUGUUACCUGCAGUAGGAUUAGCCAUUUUGAUGGCAGUGCUGCCAAUUAUCCUAAGAAGAAUCGUGAGUUACACCACCGUGGCGAUUAGUUUAAUGUCAAAAUAUUUCUUUUUCCUGAUUGUCCAUGUCCUUUUAAUUACAUCAUUCGCGACUGGAAUUUCCUCUGGUCUUGCAGAUCUCAUUGAAAACCCCACCAGUGCUGCUAAUAUCCUUGCAUCAAAUCUACCGUUAGCGUCAACCUUUUUCAUCACCUACGUUCUUCUCACAUUAUCUGGUGCAGCAUUGCAAUUAUGUCAAAUUGGUCCGUUAGUUUUGAACUUUGUUUUCAAAAAGUUCCUGGCGAAAACCCCUCGGCAAAUUUGGGCUCUUGAAAAGACAAUGGCAUCAAUUGAUUGGGGAACCACAUUCCCACCGCACAUUCUAAUAGCAUGUAUUGGACUCGUCUAUUCAACUGUAGCACCUUUGAUCUUACCAUUUGUUACCAUGCAUUUUAGUCUUUAUUAUCUCGCAUAUCUCUAUAAUUUUCUCUAUGUAUUUGAGCAACCAGCUGAGUCAGGUGGAUUAGCUUUUAAAAAGGCUGUAUAUCAUGUAUACACUGGUCUUUUUAUUUUUCAAUUAACUAUAACGGGAUUAAUGUUCCUUAAUACAGCAUUCAUUCAAGGUGUAUUAGCUGUAAUUCUUGUCGCUAUCACGUUUGCCGUAAUGACUGGGACACGUUCACUAUUCUUGCACAACCCAUUAGUUGAAUUUCUACCAGUUGAUUUAGCUGGUGUAAUCGAUCGAAGGCGUAAAGUGAUCAUUGAUCAAACUGAGGCGAAACCUUUACUGGGAAAACAUCACAAAGACGAUAAUGAGAGUUACGAAGCAAAUAUUUCUCAAGAGACAAACACACGAAAUUUGGAGGAGCAUGCAUUUUUACAUCCGGCAUUCAUUGCCAAACAGCCAGUCAUCUGGUUAGCAAAUGAUAGCACGGGAAUUGGUGCAGAGGAAGUGAGCGAAUGCUUGAGAGAUGAAGUACAAGCCUCGACAGAAGGAGCAUCGUUAGACGUGACUACUGGUCGAGUACAUGUUGAUAAAAACGGAUUGCCUGAGGAUAGAGAUUAUUAUAAGCAAUCAAAAGAAGAAUAA